AUGAAAGUUUUUGGCAAGAGGUCCAAGCGGCAUUCUUCGCGCGAGUCUGCCAAGUCCAGAAAGUCCGUUAAGUCUGGCAAUUCGUCUACCCCAGUGUCCGCAGUACUCUUGUCAGGGGUUUCUAUCGGCAGCUCUCCAAUUAUGCUAGAUUCCUCCGAAGAUGAUCCAAGUGACGACAACGAAGUGAUCCUAACGGUCCUGGCGAAGUCUCGGUCUUCUGUUCGUCGUCCUGCGGCCAAACGUUCUGCGGUUCUUCCGUUCUCAGCCGUCUCUCCCGUGAAGCCUGCUCUGAAGCCGCAACCCUCCUUGAACCAGUCAAUGUUUGGGUCCUUCGACUCGUAG